AUGGUCAUGGAUGAUGAAAUUGGAGAAUUAUUUCUGCAGAACUUCCUACCAGUGCUUUCUAAAAAUGACAUCUGCCCUGCCUUCAUAGAGAAAAUUGCCAUAAUAUUCUUUUUUGAUGACUUGUUUCAUUUGCAAGAAAGGUGGAACAAAACAUUUCAAAAUGUUAUGGAGAAUAAUGCAAAUGCUGUUGUUGUCUAUGGAGAAACCAGGACCAUGUUAAGUCUGAGGGGUUUGCUGCAUGAAGGUGAAACUGACUAUGAGAAAGCAUUUGGUAAAGUGUGGAUUAUGGCAUCACAACUGGAUGUUGCUGCAGUGCCCAUUCAUAAGGAUUGGAGUAUAGAAGCCUUCCAUGGUGCCUUAAGCUUCACAACUCACUCAGAGGAGGUAUUGGGUUUCCAAAUGUUUCUUCGAAACUUAAGGCCUCAUUUAGUCAAGGGGGAUGGUUUCAUCCAACUAUUCUGGGAGCAAGUAUUUGGCUGUUCAUUUUCAAAUUAUGAUUCUAAUGAAGUUGAUGCAGAAAUCUGCACUGGGGAAGAGAGUCUGGAGAGCCUCCCUGGGCCUUUCUUUGAAAUGAGCAUGACUGGUCAUAGCUACAGUAUCUACAGUGCUGUUUAUGCUCUGGCAAAUUCUGUACAUGCCAUGUACUCAUCCAGAUCCAAAUCCAGAGUACUGGUAGCCAGAAAGAAUCUGGAACAUAACAAUGUGCCAGCAUGGCAGCUCCAUCCAAUUCUGAGGAAUAUCACAUUGAAGAAUGGUGUUGGAGAAACAAUGGUUUUGAAUGAGAAUGGAGAAUUUACAAUGGGGUUUGAUAUUACAAAUGUAAUUACCUUCCCAAAUAACUCAUUUGUUAGAGUGAAAGUUGGAAGGAUGAAUCCUUGGGCUCUGGAAGGCAAAGAUUUCAGUAUUGAUGUAGCGGCCAUUACAUGGCCCAGAAGCUUUAAUCAGGUAAUGCCCCUUUCGCUCUGUAAUGAUAAAUGCCAUCCUGGUCAUCAGAAGAAAAAGAAGGAAGGGGUGCCUUUUUGUUGCUAUGAUUGUGUUCCAUGUCCAAAGGGGAAGGUUUCACCUCAGAUCGAUGCAGGUUCCUGUACUGCCUGUCAAGAAGAUCAUUAUUCAGAUAAAGAACAAACUCAGUGCAUUCCCAAAGAAGUAACCUUCCUGUCUUAUGGGGAGCCUUUGGGGAUAAGCUUAGUAAUUUGUGUGCUUUUAUUUUCCACAAUCACAGCUCUAGUGCUCGCAACCUUUAUAAGGCACCACAACACCCCCAUUGUCAAAGCCAACAACCGGAACCUCACCUACACUCUCCUUAUCUCCCUGAUGCUUUGCUUCCUUUCUGCAUUUCUGUUCAUUGGUCGACCUGAGAAGGUGAUGUGUCUCCUUCGUCAGGUGGCCUUUGGCAUGGUCUUCUCAGCAGCUGUGUCUUCUGUGUUAGCAAAAACCAUCACAGUGGUUCUGGCUUUCAUGGCCACCAGGCCAGGAAACAGCAUGAGAAGAUGGGUAGGAAAAAGAGUGGCCAACUCCAUUGUUCUUUUCUGUUCCAUUGUACAAGCAGGCAUUUGUAUUGUAUGGCUGGCUAUGUCUCCCCCUUUCCCUGAUGUUGACAUGAAGUCAGUGACUGAAGAAAUUGUACUGGAAUGUAACGAGGGGUCUGUGACUAUGUUUUAUUGUGUCCUGGGUUAUAUGAGCUUCCUGGCUUUUGUGAGCUUCACUGUGGCUUUCCAGGCCAGGAAAUUACCCGAUAGUUUCAAUGAAGCGAAGUCUAUCACUUUCAGCUUGCUGGUGUUUUGCAGUGUUUGGUUAUCCUUUGUUCCAACCUACUUAAGCACGAAGGGGAAAUACAUGGUAGCUGUGGAGAUCUUCUCCAUCUUAGCCUCCAGUGUUGGCCUGUUGGGUUGCAUCUUUUUCCCCAAAUGCUACAUUAUCACACUGAGACCAGACCAGAAUACAUUGUAUGAUAUAAGAGAGCCCAGAAAGGACAGAACAAAGCACCUAGCAAUCCCACAAGGCUAUACAAUUAUACCUCACAGUGAGUUCCAGGAGCACGCUGCAAGAUGUGUCAUCCAUGACCCCAUCUAUACUCCUCAUAAGUAUUAUAAGUCAGGUGACCUCAUAAUUGGUGGGGCUGUCUCUCAGAUGCUACUGUUUUUGGAUUCAUUUUCCUUCACUGAAUACCCUCCUUCUGCUGAUACUAGCAUUCCCAUUGUUGUGACAAAGAACUACCAGCAUGUCCUGGCCUUGGUGUUUGCUGUAAAUGAAAUUAAUGAAAAUCCCAAGAUUUUGCCUAAUGUUUCCUUGGGAUUCCACAUCCCUGAGAGCUACUUCAGCCAGAAGCGGAGUUAUCACAUAGCAGUGGAGCUUUUCUCCACACAGUACAAAUUUGUUCCCAAUUAUAGCUGUGAUGUCCAGAACAGCCUAAUAGGAGUCAUAGGAGGACUAGGCGCUGAAACCUCCCACCAUUUGGCUGCCAUCUUGGACAUCUACAAGUUUCCACAGUUCACCUAUGGUGAUUUUGUCCCCAUUCUGAGGGAUCACUCUCAUUCACUGUCCUUGUAUCGAAUGGCUCCAAAUGAAAUCCAUCAGUACAAGGGAAUUGUCCAGCUACUUCUGCAUUUCAAAUGGAUUUGGGUGGGUCUAAUGACCAUGGAUGAGGAAAAUGGAGAAUUAUUUUUGAGCAACCUACUACCAAUACUUUCUCAGAACAGCAUCUGUGCUGCCUUCACUGAGAAAAUUCCCUCAAAAGGAUUUUUGGUGACAUCUUAA